AGUGUAAACAACCGAACCGUGUUUCACGCGCUCGGGGAUUUAAAAGGGCGCGAAUCGCGCGCUGUGUUCGUGUUCCGGUUCGCGCUGGAGCUGCGGGGUAUCCGUAGAAACCGCCGUUCGCCUGCUAGCUUUCUCUUUUAAAGCUCCGCCGCAGCACAGCGAGCCUCCGACGGCCUGCAUAUCUGCUCGGUUAAGCAGAUCUCGCGACUCUGCGCAUGCAGCGAGGCGGGAUGAGUGACUCCGGCAAGGACACGGCGGCUCCUAGAGAGACGGACGCCGCGGAGAAGAGAGGACGCGGGAGGCCCCGCAAACACCCGCAGCAGGAGGCAAGUGGAUCUCCCACACCGAAGAGGCCUAGAGGAAGACCAAAGGGCAGCAAGAACAAGCCAAGCUCCACGGCAUCUAGGGGCAAAAAAACAGCUACGGCUUCGGCACCUGCAGGGAUGAAACGCAGAGGACGGCCCAAGAAAGCAGAGAAGGAGGAGCAGCCAUCUAAGUCCUCUGAGGAGGAAGAAGAGGAGGAGGAAGAGGAACAGUAACUAGCAACAUGUGCUACCUCACAAUCCAACGUUAUUUCUUCCUGUUGACCAGAGCUGGACUGACCCUCCCCAUUCCCCCUCUUCCUCUUACACUAGUGCCACCCUCACCCUCCAAUUCACCUUUACGCUCUAGCGCCCUCUAGCGUCAGGGAGGCUUGCACACUUCAUGCGCCUUCUCUGUGUAACACCACUGGAAAAAGACUCAAAAUACUGUAUGUCCAUUCGUGGAUGCAUGCACGCGUGUAUGUCUCGCACUCGAUGGCUAAUUGGUCGAAAGUGUCUGUCAUACUGGACAAAGAUAUGCUCUGAUGGCGGCUUGACACAAAGCGAUUUGCAAAAUACUGAAGUUUUCUCUUUUCGCAAGCAACCGUUUCAGGCCUAGAGAAUUCAAGUUUAUUUUUACAAGUCUAAAUCUAAAAUAUGGUAGGUUGUGUGAAAUUCAUGUUGUGUACUGGACAAAGGUGAACUGACCUACUUGUUGUUUUUACUUGGGUUGUGUGUGCGCGUGUGUGGUAACUCUCUGUCUCCAGUUAAACUUUUUUAGCUACUCCGUGAUUCAGGCUAGAAAUAAAAUGAUCGUAUUUUUUGAGUGAAUAUAAUCUAGAGGACUUUUAACUUGUAAUCAACAUAUCAUUGAAUGCUUUGUCAUGAAACAUUUGACUUUUUUUUUUUUUUUUUUUUUUUUUUUUUUAAUAAUGCCCUCCGCCGACUCGCCACCAUCAUGAUUUCACUGAUUCCUGCAAUAAAUUCACUGGCACGCAAUGCUACGUAGUCAGUUUCUGCCCGUUCUAAGUGUAAGUCAGCUUACUGGAUGUGCUAAGGAGCAGUUAGCUUUUCUGGCUGUGUUCAAAAUGUUUUUGGAGGACAAUGAUUGGUAUUAAUUUUUGAAAAUUAAAUUUUUUUUUAUUUUACCACCUACUGGUCCUUGUUGCAAAAAGGGCACCGCAAGUGAUUUGACACCAGCAGUGCAUUUAAUUUUAUCAGCCCCAAAUCUGUGAACUAGACAUGCAAACUUUAACCACUUUUUUUUUCUUCUUCUUUUACUAGAAAAUGCUACUUCAUUCCAUUUCCAGCUGUGUCACUUCUGUCCCAUUACAGUCCACUCAGACAGCUUUUGCUUGAUGUGUUUUGGGAUUUUGUUUAGUUUUCUUCAUGCUUUUUUUUUUGACGUGUUAAAUUCCAUGUCAGGGAACGCUGAUCGGUCCAGUGACUGGGUCUCCUCUCAGAACUUAAUGCUGCUACAAACAUGGUUUAUUAAACCCGGAAUACUGCAACCAGGUCAGUUCUACUCUGGACUUGACCGUCACGUUCAUACCUCACUUUACAACAGCCUAUGACGGAUUACUCUUCUCUUUCCUGACGAUGUUCAACUGGUCUCAGUGCAGCCUUUGGCAAGCGUGUUUGUUUUGUUUCUUUCCAAGUGCAGUGUCUGAUUCAUUUACAGCUGACUCCAGUGUGGGUUUUUCGUUGCUCCUUUUUGUUUUGUUUUCAACUGAUUUUGCUUGCAGCAGUGUGCAUCAAUGAACAGAAACUUUUUCAUAUAGAAACGUCUGGACACACCACAGGAAUGACUGCAUUGGGUCAGAGAGAUGCAAAACAUAUUCACAGACUGUGGUAGAGAUAUAGGUUUGUGUGUUUUUGGUUUAUUUCUCUGUACAUGCGUUUGGUGCACUGAAUUGACUUUUUGAUUUAUAUCAUGGACAAAAUGAUUUAGUGUGGCACCUGAAGGUUGGGGCUCUUUUUUUUUUUCCUCUUCUCUCUCCUCCUCCCCUCUUUCUGUUUGUAAUGAACUAUAUCCUGCUAGUUGCUUCGCCCUGAGCCCCUGAAUAGUAGAUCAUGCUGGUACUAUGGCUGUUUGACGCAGUGAUUUUUAACAUGCCCCCUCGAUGUACUGAUGUCUUGUUUUUAUGUGCCCGUGCACACAACUGGUUUGGGAUCAGUCUUUUCAAUGUGUACACUCUGCAUUUUGUAUUGUGGACUGCAGGAAUUUAUAUUCAAAAUGCUAAUAAAGUUAAGGAUUCGUA